GUUGGCGUGAGGAAGUGGUGCUGGGCGGCGCAGGACAAGAGCGUGCAUGGGCUGCACCUGCUGCCAGGACACGGUUUAGGAAAGGAAGCUUCACUAUUUUGGGAGAAAACGACCGGUUUCGACACAAGCUCAGGCGUUUUAAAAAGCACGAUGUAUGACGUCAUAGGCCGCCCUAGAUGACGAGCAGGACCAGAUGAUGUGGGACUCGUGGACAAGGUCUCCGGUACUGAUGCUGGUGCAGCUGCGGUGACAGUGUCUCCAAUGAACCGGGGAAAGGAGCGCUGAUGGCUCCUCGCGGCCCGGGCUGGAAGGAGACACAGAGGGAAGCGUACAGCAGGUAUCUGGGAAGUGACGUGGUGUGCGCGCCCCACCAGGAAGCACCACGGUGCGGCUCUCGUGUUUUUCACCGGAGGGCACGAGCGGCAAGGGGAACAUGGCCGCGCAGUCGGACGGUAAAGCCGGGGUUGGUUUCGCCCAGCUCUACGACGUCGACGCCGAUGAGCCUCUGGAUUCGGCAGCGAUCCACAUCUGCCAGUGCUGCCGCUCGUCGGCGUGCUAUUGGGGCUGCCGCUCCGCCUGCCUCGGCUCUCUGCUCGGUGGUGGCCAGUCUGCCGCGGGGGUGGGCAUCCGGGAGACUCACUGCCCACCGCGGGAGCAGCUGUGGCUUGACUGCCUCUGGAUCAUCUUGGCCCUCCUCGUCUUCUUCUGGGACGUUGGCACAGACCUGUGCCUGGCGGUGGACUACUACCAGAGGCAGGACUACCUGUGGUUUGGCCUCACGCUCUUCUUCGUGCUGGUGCCUUCGGUGUUGGUCCAGAUUUUGAGUUUCCGAUGGUUUGUGCAGGACUACACUGGUGGGGGCCUCGGGGAGGUGGAGGGUCUGACAAAGCGGGGUUCAGUGGCUCUGGGGUGCCACUAUCCCGGCAGGGACCGCCUGCAGCUGGCCACCAUCUGGCUGUGGCAGGCCACCAUACACAUCCUCCAGCUGGGACAAGUGUGGAGGUACAUUAGGACACUGUACCUGGGCAUCAUGUCACGUCGUCAGAAGGAGCACCAGCGCCGCUGGUACUGGGCCAUGAUGUUCGAGUAUGCGGAUGUCAACAUGCUUCGACUGCUGGAGACUUUCCUGGAGUCUGCGCCCCAGCUGGUCCUGCAGCUGUGCAUCAUGAUCCAAGAGAACCGCGCAGAGACGCUGCAAUGCAUCUCCUCCCUCGCCUCCCUUCUGUCUCUCGCUUGGGUCUUGGCCUCCUACCACAAACUACUGCGGGACUCGCGUGACGACCAGCGCAGCAUGAGCUACCGUGGGGCCCUGCUGCACCUCUUCUGGCGCCUCUUCACCAUCUCGUCCCGCGUCCUCUCGCUCGCCCUGUUCGCCUCGCUCUUCCACAUCUACUUUGGCAUCUUCGUGGUGGUUCAUUGGUCUGCCAUGGCCUUCUGGGUGGUGCACGGGGGCACUGAUUUCUGCAUGUCCAAGUGGGAGGAGGUGCUCUUCAACAUGGUGGUGGGCAUUGUCUACAUCUUCUGCUGGUUUAAUGUGAAGGAGGGCCAGACACGACAAAGAAUGAUUGCGUACUACACGGUGGUGCUGGCUGAGAACACCAUCCUCACGGGCCUGUGGUACACUUACAGAGACCCGGCGCUGACCGACUACUACGCCGUUCCAGCGUUGUGUGGCGUCUAUUUGACAUUCGCCGGUGGCGUCCUGGUCAUGCUUUUGUACUACGGCUUCCUGCACCCUGCCACCGCUCACCUCCAGCCGAGCCCCGCCUCAUCCUGCUGCGCCCAGCUGCUUUGGGGGCUUCCUCUCCCCCCUUCAGCCCCACCCACUGCUCCGCCCACCCCUGCACACAUGACCAAGUCCCAGACGGAAGACGAUGUGGCCGAGACUUGUCUUCCUGUCUUCCAGGUGAGAUCGGUUCCGCCCACCUCCAAGCCCGAGGGCCCACUUAUAAAGAUCGAUAUGCCCAGGAAGCGUUACCCAGCAUGGGAUGCCCACUACGUUGACAGGCGCCUGCGGAGGACUAUAAACAUCCUACAGUACAUCACACCGGCCGCCGUUGGCAUUCGCUACCGUGAUGGACCCCUGCUGUAUGAACUUCUACAGUAUGAGUCCUCACUUUGACACACACACACACACAUAUUUGCACACACACUGUGAACACACAUGUUCAUGGAUACUCACCUUCAGAGAUGAAUAAGACACACAGCCGUACUCGUGUCAUACUUAAGCACAGAGACACUAAAGCAAUGUGGCACACUUUAACGCACGCACACUCAUAAAAACACACACAUUCCUCGCGGGCACCUUCAUCCUGAGAGUCUGUUGGCCGUGACUCAACAAGCUGCCUCAAGAGGAGUCCAUUGAAAGAUACGCUUCUCUAUUUGCGUCAUAUCAAUGUUCAUUCCAAGUCGUUUACCGUCACAUCCGCGUAAAGAACAUAUUUCAAACCGGAUUCAUUUGCUACUUGCUGUUUACAUUGCAUCACACACAAGAAAAGUAUGGGAGUGUUGGAGCGCUUCCAUGAAAUGCCACCAGUGAGGCGCUAGUUCAUGGAAGAAAUGCUUGAUGUACAGUAAAUUACAAAAAGAGAUCCCCAUAAUUUGCAACACUCCAAGGAAAACCCCCCUGUAACUAGAGCCACAGAUCAAGCAAGUUGAUAAAAAGGUCCUAAAGUUGGAAUGAGUUUCCACAUUUUUAAAGUAAAGGCCACGAUUCUAAAUCAGGGGUGUCCAAACAAACAGCGAAGGGCCGCGUACCAAAAGGCUGUUGAUGUGUUUUAACUUGUAAAAAAGGCUAAAGCAAUUCAAUAUGCUAAGAAGUGACAGUGGAAUCUCAGUUUUCGUUUAUCAUUUAUUUAUCCAUUCCACAAAGUCUGAUGAAAACCGAAACGUACGAAAAACUCGACAUUUUUUCCAUAAGAAAUAAUGCAAAUCCAAUCAACACCACACAAGAAGGAGUUUACAGAGAAUAAUUACGGUUUUACAUGCAGGAAAAGCUGCAUACACGUCAAUGAGCGUUUAACAUUACAUGUACUUUUAUUGAAGACGUGUUGGCGAACACGGCCAUGAGUGGAGGGGCGAGGUGAAGGGACGGAAGAGUCACGCGGACGCGGUCUCGCUCACGUCCAUUACAAACUUAACUUUAAAGCACGGACGUUUAGAGUGUAUACUUGCUCACAUGAGCUUCAUUGUAAACAUCAGUAGCAGCUGCAGUCAUCAUUACACACACUGGCCCAGCUCACUUUCUGUUAUGUGUCCCCCUUAUACCGCUCCCCAGCGCAACCUGCGUUAAAGGUUUGUACCUUUACAUUACAUUCCUACUCUAACAGACGCUGCCGUCGUACUUUUCUGCAAGUUCUCUCUCCAAUUCAGUAGUGUUUCUCGUUUUCUUUAUCGAAGUUCCGGCACUUGCAGCUUUUUUUGUUGUCGUAUUUAAUUUUUUUCAGUGCCCCUGAGCGCCUCUUCAGCACACUGUGCUUAGAAGAGGAAGGAAGACGACAGAUACGAGUUGUUCAUGGUUUUAUGUGCCUUGUAUGAACAAAUAAACCAUACACACACGCAUCAAAAGCUGAUUAAAGGCCGGCAUGUGUUUGGUGUCCCAGCUGUAAACGAAACGCUGAAUCACCAACGUGUGGAUGCUUCGUUUGGGCACUCGAUUCCGUGGACUAGUCUGUUAGGUUCAUUGUUUGACCAAGACAGUGUAUGAAAAACGAGGCAUAUUUCUUAGCAAUAAUCUUCCACGAAAACCGAGGCGUAAGAAAAACGAGGUUCCACUGUAUUUAAAAGAAGAAAAAAACAGCGUGCUCGUCAACAGAAUGUGCUGCCGACCACAAUUUGGACACCCCUGUCCUGAAUAAUCUCCCUCUAAAUUCGAAAAUGUGUGCUACACAGGGGAGGAAUUGUUCUCAAAACUGAUGCCCUAAAACAAGUACAACACAUUGGACGACAAAGCUCGAAAAUGACCAAAUAGAAAAAUCAGCUCUGGAAUUUUAACCAGAGCAAAUGCAAGACAAUUGCUUUCUUCAUCUGUCUAUACCCCGUUGACGCCUCCGAUACCAACUCAUCCAGUGCCACCUACAGCUAAGCUGUGUGAUAUUUUCCUCUCCCGUAAGGCAAGCUGUUACAUUGGCAGGAGUCACAACAUGAACAUUAUGCUGAUCGUCAUGUCUUGAUCACACGUUGCUAGGGUGCUGUCGUAACGCCUUGUGGCGACCGCAACCGGGGAGUGUUUGCAUGGCGGGGAAGCAAGCGUCUUUGGCAUCAAACAGGGUAAACUUGUGUGUUUAGUGUUGCACGUGGUGCAGUUUGAAGAAGUACAAACACACACGCACACAAAUUAGUGUCAUUUUAUUCUAAUCCGUUUUGUUUCUUCUCCAAAUGUGUUGUGUCUUUGCACGAGAGUUUGCCAAGUAAUGCUGAUCGUGAGCCUGAUGCUACUCUUUGUUUACAAUGACUACAACUGACCAAAAGUAUUCUGGUUUUGAGUGUUUGAGACUGAAUAAUGGCUUGGGGAUUUAUUUAAAAGCUCAAAAGAGCACUGAAAUAUUUGGAAAUUCCAUAUUUGUGAUCCCUGAAAAUGAUUGUACUGUAUUACUCGUGCGGGAUCGAGGAUCUUUUUCAAAAUGUUUCGUCAUCAUCGGCGUUAUAUUUAUGAUAAUGAUAUACCAGUCGUAGCUUUCUCUUUAUGAUCGUGACCUUUUCGCAUGGAUUGGGUGGGAGAAACCACAUGGUUGCGCUGCCUUACAGUGAGCCAUGCGCCAUCCAUUUCUAUUAAAGUCGCCAAACAUGUGUCCUUGCCCUCUAAAGGACAUCUGGGAAAAUUCAAACGGAUUCAGUUCAGAUUGAAACUACCAUUGCAGGAGUUAGCUCACGUUACUUUCUAUGGUGCUGCAGUUCACUUGCUGCCAACAGAUCAGUGCGAACACGCAAUACAGUCAUAUGUUCAUGCCAUCAAUUGGCCGCUACUCCCGCGUAAUGUGGUGCACAUGUGUGACACACACACACAUAUGCGCCAUUAUGGUGCAAAAAGGGCAGAUUGUCUUUUUUUAAUUCUAUGGUGCAACUUGAUUACUGCCUUUAGUUAGUGGCCACAGGGCUGCAACCACACGGACCACUGCUAUGCAACUCUCCCACGCCGGGAGAUGUGCUUAGUUAACACACAAAACGCACACCACAGUUUUGUCCUGUGCUGCGGGGUUGUAAACUAGUGAAAAGUCGUGUCAUAAUAACAACAACGUGGGAUGUAUCCCUACCUCACCACUUGAACACACACUCGUACGGGCCCGUUAAUCUCUGUCCCCUUUUAGGAGAAGACUCACAUGGUGCUAUCAAGUGAAUUUGGGUGGCUUUUGUAUCAUCAUAGUGACUGUGUGAUGGGGAUUGUAUACGUAUAUGCUUCAUGUGUGCCGCAUUCAAAGCAGCAACACUCUCUGACACAUGCCUUACCCACUCGACAGGAGUGGACGUGGACGCUUUUUAUUUGCGAGAGAACAUCCAGAGGGUGUUGGUGCUUCACGUCCAUGUGGACACGCGCUGUGCAGUAAGCAUGUGUGUGAACCCAGUGUACCGUGCCAUGUAGAUGAACGCAGCCGGGAUGUGCUGUAUGUGUCGGAGAUUGUGAGUUUCUUCCAGCUUCUUUGUGUUUGCGAGUCCACAGGAGCUGCCCUGCUGACUCGUCACACCCAACAGUCGUACUGCGCAAUCACACAGCAGGUGUUUCACACCAAAAUCAGGUCAGACAUUACCAAAAAAUACUGUAUAAUAAUUGAUGUGGUGAUAUUAAUGCUAUAAUAAUACUGACAUACAGUUAAGCCCAGAAGCAUACGGACAGCAAUUGCGCUGUUACCUCGGUUUUUGUUAUUAAUUUCUUUUAAAAGGCUCGACGUACAAAAAUCGAGGCAGUGUUUCCCACAGGAAAUAACGCAAAUCCAAUUAAUCCAUUUCAGAAACCCAGAAUAUUAACAAAAAAAGUACAUUAUUGUUGUUUAUGCGGACUUUCCGCACAUCCUGGCGAGAUUGAAUUCAAGGGUGUUUUUUCGUCUUUUAUCAGUUUGCUGUCACCUGCAACUUUCUUUGGCCCCAUGGAGGGUUAUUUAGCCGUUGAACUCAACGUUUAAGGUGCUUCGCUUGUUCGGGCACUUGAUUUUGCGGAACGGAACAGUGCGGGGCAAACUGACUAGUUUGUUUGUAAAAACCGAGGCAAAAUUUUGGUGAAAAUUUUCAACACAAACCGAAUUACCGUAAUUUCUGGUAUAUAAGCACCGGUGUUUAAGCCUCACCCAAUAAAUUUAGAGAGAAAAACGUAUUUUGUGUUAACAUUUUUGGCUUUCUGGAACGGAUUAAUUGGAUUUACAUGAUUUCUUAUGCGAAAAACGUAUUCGGUUCAGGUGCGUUUCGGUUAGAGUCGGACGACUAAUGACACUAACCAAGGUUCCACUGUAUUCAUGCUUUUGCUUUAAUACACUAUCACAAUGGAGGGAGAUAAAGCAAACUAGAUGUAACUGAAGUGUAGACUUUAUAGAAGGGGCUUCACAAAACAUGCCAUAAUAACUGCAAAUAUAAUCAUCAUUUAUCAUAUAAAAAUGAUGAUUGCAUAAAAAUACUUUGCUGGCAAUGAUUGACAAAAGUCUGGGCUGCAUGGACCCCACCAAAUUCAGAGCUCUCUACCCUGGAGGUGUUUGUCGAAGCAGGAGAACAAACAAAGCCACUUUGCUUAGUUAUUACUGUCACUUUCAUAGGAGCAGACACUUUAGGAUACCAUCCAAAUCCUUCAUGGUGGUUGUGAUAGACGAAUGAGCUAUGAUGUUGGUGGUGGCCUUUCUUUUCCACCGGAAGGUGCUGCCAUAUGAUUGGGAGACACAAUGAAGUGCAAAAAGUUCAUCCGUGUAGCUUGACUGUCGUCAUCAAACACCUACGACACGAAGCUAAGAUGCGGAUGUUGGUUUUAACACAUACGCAUCCUUCAGUUUCUGCUUCAGUGGUGGAAAAAGCUUCAAUGGAAGUCUACACUUCAAUCGCAUCUUAAUUGUUUGGCUUCAGAUCCAUUGUCGUGCCAAUGAAGAGGGAAAAAACGUGUACUUGUGGACCUAAGUGUAUGUCCCGCUUUGCAUGUGUGGUGCUCAGACUUGAUUGUAGCCUCAGGUAUCUCCUCCUUAUCGCUUUUGUUUCGCUACACGCAAAUCUGCCGCAUUGCACAUGGAAAGUGCCCUCCUUUCUGUUGUUUUUCUGCUGUUGUAUGGCUUCACAUUCACAGCUAUGCAAUGUUACACACACACACACACACACACACACACACACACACACAAAGGUUCUGGGCACCAUCACUGUUCUCAAGUAUACUUUGAUUUCUCAUCAGUUUUUUGCCUUUUUGUUUGGAACAAUGCUUUUAUUUUCUUGUCCUUGACUUGCUGUUUUUUGCAUUUGGAGAUCAUAUUUUUCUAUUUAUUUAUUUUCUAUUUUCAGAAUGUUUUCAAACGAGUUGGGAGAUUGUUGUAACAUGACUUUAGGAACAAGUGAGGAAUGUGAAUACUUUAAUGUUCCACUAUCAGGGUUUGCAGAGCAUACGAGGCUAAUGCGGUUGGUUAGGCUACGUGCGAAUGCUACUGUGUGUGUCACUCACACUUUUAUAAGCCGCAUUUUUGGGGGAAAAAAAAAAAAAAGCGUGCACCAUACUUGUAGAAGAAAGAGUAUUAGGGCCACGUUGGAAAAAAAAAUAGAGAAUAAAGUUGUAAGUUUAGGAGAAAAAAAGUCGUAAAUUUAUGCGAACAAAGUCAGAAUGUUACCUUUGGCCAAGGCCAAAGAGCUAUGCUCUAUUUAUUACGUAUGACACGUAAUAUUACCAUUUUAUUCUCGUAAAUUUACGACUUUAUUCUCGUAAUAUUAAGACUUUUUUUCUUGUAAAUUUCCUGACUUUAUUCUCGUAAAUGUAUGACUUCAUUCUCGUAAAUGUAUGUCUUUAUUCUUGUAAAUUUACAACCUUUUUUCUCGUAAAUUCACGACUUUUUUCUUCUAAAUUCACAACUUUAUUUUUGUAAUAUGACUACUUCUUUUCUCGUAAAUUCGCAACUUUAUUCUCGUAAUAUUAUUACUUUUUUUCUUGCAUAUUCACAACUUUAUUCUCGUAAAUUUACAACCUUUGAAAAAAAAUAACCUGAGAUUUCCAGAAUAAAGUCGGAAAUUCACGAGAAAUAAAGUCGUAAAUUGACAAGAAUAAAGUCACAUUUAUGAGAAUAAAGGCGGGAAUUUACGAGAAAAAGUUGUAAAUUAACGUGAAUUUAUGAGAAAAAAGUUGGAGAUUAACGUGAAUUUACAAGAAAAAAGGUCGGAAAUUAACGACUUUAUUCUCCUAAAUUUACGACUGUUUUUUCUCGUAAAUUUAUGACUGUUCUCAUAAUAUUACAACUUUUUUUCUCAGAAAUUCACAGCUUUAUUCUUGUAAAUGUAUGAUUUUUCUUCUUGUAAAUUUAUUACUUUAUUCUCGUAAUAUUAAAACUUUUUUCUCAUAAAUUUACAAGAAUAAAGUCGUAAAUUUACGAGAAUAAAGUCGUGAAUUUAUGAAAAAAAGGCGUAAAUUUAUGAUAAAGUCGUCGAUUUACGACUUUUUUCUUGUAAAUUCAGCCUUUAUUCUCAUAAAUGUCAUAUGACUUUAUUCUUGUAAAUUUGCGACUUUAUUCUCUGAAUAUUUCAACUUUUUUUCUGGAAAAUUCACGAGUCCUAAAUUUAUGAGAAAAAAAGUCAUACAUUUCUGAGAAUAAAGUCAUAAAUUUACAAGUUUUUUUUCUCUCGAAAUCUCAGGUUAUUUUUUGUUUCAAUGUGGCCCAUCAUAGUUUAAUAUGGUGCCAUGAAUCCAUGCUUUUAUUUUGUGUUCUUCAGCUUGAAAAGAAGUAGCUGUAGCACCUGUGCUAAAGAUGUGCUUUUGUUUUCUUGUGGCAGUUUUGAUUGUAAAUACCCUUUUUUUGUGAACUCUCCUAAGUUUGCUUUGCUCGAUGUUUGACGGCUCAUUCCGAGGCUAGUAAAUGUUCUCUGUAAUAAAUAUCCAGAAUGUAAGGUGAGAGAAGAGAAAUACAAGUUGUUCUUUCUAGGCGUCUGUGCCACUGUGUUGUCCCGACUAGAAGCACAAUGAUAGAUGAUACGGUAUCAGUAGACAGGAUCAGAGAGCUGUUUGGCAGGUUUCUGCAAGAGCAGCAUUUUUUGUUUGUGCAUCAUUGAGCUUGCUUAGCAUAUUAAACACAGUUCGCAGUGUUUUGGUAAUGCAACGUUAAUUUUCAUGCAUUAUAAGGUGAGAGUCGACCCAGGAAGCGACUGGUCGUCGGGGAGCCAAAUGUCUCAGUGGAAACACGAGAGACACGAGCAUGUGCCGUGUACCUCUGCUUUCUUUGUGUAUUCUUUGUCUACAGUAGUGUCUGGGAAAGAGUUCAAUAUUUUCACAAAUGGCUGGAAAAUGUCUUAUUUUUCUUACAAUACCUCCUGAAUAGUAAAGUCUAUUUAUCUGUGAAGAAGCAAAGAUUUACGACGAUGCCGAACACGACAUAGAAAUGAGUCAAUUUAAAUAACAUACGAAAACAAUAGAGAAAUGUACGUCAGUAUUGAUUUUAUAUAUUUACCUUUUGUUACAUUGUAUUAUUGUGACUGCCAUGGAGAGAAAAAAAAUCUAUAUAAAGGGAAUAUGAAUUCAUUCUUUCAAAUGUGUCCUAUUUUCCUUUCCUCAGAAACACGCACACACGCGCGCACACACAC